GGUAUCCAGUGCCGAGCGGAGCGGCUUCACUGUAACCGCGGAGCACUCAUUGCCCGGCCUUCCUGAACCGAAUGGCGAGUGAAACGGGGAAGGCACUGAGGAACCGGCGUGUGACAGCCAAACUGGUGGAUGAAGAUGGUUCGAGAGGGUCGGAGAGACAGGAGGAUGGACAUCCCCGUCCUGUCAGCAAUGGCAGGUUGGAUGUUGACCACGUGACAAAUAAAAAGAUGCAGUUGAAACUGAAGGCCGAGCAAAUGAAGAGUAAUUUGCUGAAGCAGUUCGACUCUCAUUUUAGUGAGUUUGUGGACAAGCUGAUCGAUGAGACAACUGUGAUGGACUCCACAGCUGCCCUUUCCUUACCUGCAAUGCUCUUGAAUAAAGAGCCGCCAACUACAGCUCACAAACAAACGCGGGCACCCCCAGAAAAGGGAAAACACUUCAUGGCUCGACGAUCGCUGCUUGAUGAGCUGUUUGAAGUGAACCAUAUCCGGACCAUCUAUCACAUGUUCAUCGCUUUACUCAUCGUGUUCAUCAUCAGCACCCUGGUGAUGGAUUUCAUUGACGAAGGAAGGCUGGUCCUCGAUUUCGACCUGUUGGUUUAUGCCUUUGGAAGGUUUCCGAUUGUCAUCUCCAGCUGGCUCUGCAUGUUCUUGUCCACUCUCCUCGUUCCUUAUGGAUUGUUUUACCAAUGGGAGUCCGGACAUCGUGCAUCGAAGCACAGAGUCCUGCGAUUGGUGUGCUUUGGUCUUUUAUUCAUGUCAUUUCAAAUGCUGGGCUUGGGGACCGCUCCAGUCUACAUCGUGAUCCAUUACAAUCUACCUCCAGCCUCCAGGUUUAUUAUUAUAUUAGAACAGGUCCGUCUGAUCAUGAAAGCACAUUCCUUCACACGGGAGAAUGUAUCCAGAGUGAUGUCGAUUAAAGAAAAGAACUCUGGUUUGCAGCAGGUCCCGCACUUCUCCCAAUAUCUGUAUUUCCUCUUCGCUCCAACUCUCAUCUAUAGGGAUAACUAUCCAAGGAACCCGACAAUUAGGUGGGGCUAUGUUGUUACGAAAUUUGCUCAGGUUUUGGGGUGCCUGUUUUAUGCCUACUAUAUUUUUGUUCGGCUCUGCAUUCCUUUAUUUCGGAAUAUCAGCCGGGAGCCAUUCAGUCUGAAAGUCCUGGUUCUUUGUAUCUUCAACUCCAUCUUGCCAGGUGUGCUCGUGCUGUUCCUCGCAUUCUUUUCAUUCCUCCACUGCUGGCUGAAUGCUUUUGCCGAAAUGUUACAAUUCGCUGACAGGAUGUUCUACAAGGACUGGUGGAACUCCACAUCCUUUGCCAACUAUUACCGCACUUGGAACGUUGUGGUCCAUGACUGGCUGUAUUAUUAUGCGUACAGGGACUUCCUUUGGUUGUUUACUCACCGGUUUACUGCUGCUAUGUUGUCCGUCUUCACGGUGUCUGCUAUCGUUCACGAGUACGUGUUGGCUGUUUGUUUUGGGUUUUUCUAUCCAGUCCUUUUCUGCCUCUUCAUGUGCUUUGGGAUGGCUUUCAAUUUUGUGCUGCAUGACCGCCGGAAAGGACCGGUGUGGAACGUGGUGAUGUGGACGUCACUGUUUCUGGGUCAGGGCAUGUUAGUGUGUUUAUACUCUCAGGAGUGGUAUGCCCAGCAGCACUGCCCACUUGAAAAUCCUUCCUUCUUAGACCUGCUGAAGCCUCGGUCGUGGACCUGCCGUUCACACUCUUAAUGGAUCCGACCAGAGGACCCCCACCCUCGUCUUGCGGAUAUUUGGGAAUGUAUGUCCGCUGGACUGUGGAAACGCCCUUCGUAAACCAAAUGAAUGUUUCCGUCACACCAGAUAGUGCCUGCUUGUGUCUUCUAUUAGGUUUUGUGGUCCAAGAGCCAAGCAUUUCCCUGAACCGUCAAUCACAGGCUGUAUUUGAAGUUAAUGCUGUGCAGCCUGUUUCGAGCAGCCACCUCCUGCAGUGGUGGUUAGAAAAAGUUUUACAAACAAAAUACUGAUGCUGGGGUUAUGGGGUGGUUGGUGGG